UCAGGGACCAGUCAUAAAUUUCACCCACUACCAUCUUCUUCUUCUUCGCGCUCAACCGCCAUUGUUGCCCUCUUUGCAAGCUCGCUGAAGCUCUCAAUGCCCUCCAAUGGUAUCUCCUCGUCCUCCCCCUCUCCCCUGGAUCUCUCCUCUCCACUACCCGAAAGGGCUGAAACCUUCCUCCCCUUCCCCUCCUCCCUGCCCCGCCGAGAGCCGCCCUCGCCGCCGCUUCAUCUCCCAUACUGACGCCAUCCGCCUGAUCACUCACCACUCCGACCCCCAGCAAGCCCUCGACCUCUUCAACUCUUGCGCCGCGCAGCCCGGCUUCGCCCACAACCACGCCACCUACUCCGCCAUCCUCCUCCGCCUCGCACGCUCCCGCAAGUUCCUCGCCAUCGACGCUCUCCUCCACCGCAUCUCCUCCGAGCCCUGCCGCUUCCACGAGUCCAUCCUCCUCUCCCUUAUGCCCUUCUUCUCUCGUGCUUCCCUCCAUGAGAAAACCCUCGAUGCCUUCUUCUCCAUUCUCCCCCUCACCCGCUUCAAACCCUCCUCCAAAGCCCUCGCCACCUGCCUCAACCUCCUCCUCUCCUCCUCCCGUUUCGAUCUCGCCCAAUCCCUUCUCUCCCAUGCCCAAUCCCAUCUCGGCAUCUCCCCCAACACUUGCGUCCGCAACAUCCUCAUCAAACACCUCUGCAAGUCCGGCGAUCUCAGCGCCGCAUUCAAGGUGUUCGACGAAAUGCGCCACUCGGACUCCUCCUCCCCGCCCAAUCUCAUCACCUACUCCACUCUCAUGGCCGCUCUCUGCAAUGAAGGUAAGCUCAAGGAUGCAUAUCAACUGUUUGAGGAAAUGAUCGAGAGAGACAAGAUCGCCCCCGAUGCUCUCACUUACAAUGUCCUCAUCAAUGGAUUCUGUAAACACGGGAAGGUUGAGAAGGCGAAGGCCGUGCUGGAGUUCAUGCGGAGGAAUGACUGCGAGCCGAAUGUCUUCAACUAUGCUUCUCUCAUGAAUGGUUUCUGCAAACAAAGCAGGAUUGAGGAUGCAAAGAAGGUGUUUGAUGAAAUGCAAAGCUCUUGCCUUGAGCCUGAUGCAGUGACUUACACUACAUUGAUCAGUUGCUAUUGCCGAGCUGGGAGAGUUGAUGAAGGGAUUGAAUUGGUUAAGCAAAUGAGGAACAGAGAUUGCAAGGCUGAUGUUGUCACUUAUAAUGUGGUCAUUGAAGGUUUGUGCAAGGUUGAGAGGUUUCGGGAGGCGAUGGAAUUGCUCGAGAGCUUGCCGUAUGAAGGUGUUCGAUUAAACGUUGCAAGUUAUAGGAUAGUGAUGAACUCCUUGUGUGCAAAAGGGGAUAUGGAGAUGGCUUUGGGAUUGCUGGGUUUGAUGCUUGGAAGAGGAGUUGUACCACAUUUCGCCACUUCGAACAAGUUGUUGGUUGGAUUGUGUGACGCCGGAAGCGUUGCUAAUACAGCAAUUGCUUUGUUUGGAUUGGCUGAGAUGGGGUUUGCGCCGGAGAUUGGUUGUUGGAUUAGAUUGGUUGAGUGUAUGUGCCGGGAGAGGAAGCUUGUGAGGGUUCUGCAAGUGUUCGAUGAAAUUAUCAAUCAUUGUGGAGCUUUAGAGUUCUGAGAUUUAAGCAGUGGAGAUGAUGAGAUUG